CAUACGCACAACAAUGGCAUACACGACAUUCGAGGGUACACACAAAACGGACGACGGCGUCGAGUUGUACACCAAAACGUGGAAGGUGUCAGAAGAUGCGGCCAAGGCACGCAUGCUGUUUGUGCAUGGCUUCAGUGACCAUUGCAACAAUUACGCCGUCUUGUUUGAGCACCUAGCUAACCAGGGAUGGGGCCGCUCCGUCCACCACAAACAUGAGCGCGGCCUCACAGGUCCCACCACCCGCGUCCUCGCCGACAUGACCAGCAUGCUAAAGACGCUACUCCCCACCCCAGUACCCCUCUUCCUCAUGGGCCACAGCAUGGGCGGCGCCGAAAUCCUCCACUACGCAUCCACCGGACCCUCCGACAUCCUCUCCCAGAUCCGCGGCUUUAUCGCCAGCGCGCCCCUCAUAAGUCUACACUCCGACACCCGCCCCUUCAAAGCCACCGUGUAUGCUGGCCGCCUCGCCGGUCGUGUAUUGCCGAAAUUCCAACUGGUGCAGAAACUAGACAGUAAAUGGUUAAGCAGAGACGUUGAGCAGAACAAACUCUGGGAACAAGAUGAACUGUGUCACGACACUGGAACCCUGGAGGGUCUGGCAGGAAUGCUGGAUAGAGGACUACAACUCGAGAGUUUCAAGGUGUUGCCAAAGGAAAGUGCAGGAGAAGGUGGAAAGACCAGAUUAUUGGCGUUGCAUGGAACCAGCGAUCAUGUGAAUGCAUAUGAGGCUACCAAGGCUUAUGUUGAGCGCUGCAGUGAGUUGAGUGACAAGGAGCUCAGAAGUUACGACGGUUGGUAUCAUAACAGUAAGUCUUUCAUCUUCUUUCUCCUGGCUGUGGAGUUAUGC